AUGUCGAACGCCGAGACAAGCAAGCUUUACGAGACGAUAGUAGAGGAUGUUAUCAGUGACUCGCGACAGGAUUUCGAGAAUAUGGGGAUUGAUGAAGCGACAUUACAAGAAUUGCGCAAGAUAUGGUAUGAAAAAUUGACGCAAUCGAAAGUUUGUAAAUUUUCAUGGGAUGAUAACGAGGAGGAAGACGAAGAAGGAAUACGGGCCAUGACACAUAAUAAUGGGGUUAUUAGCGGCGGCGGCGGCGGCGGCAGCGGCGGCGGCAGCAGGUCUACGGUAACAGGUUCUUCUUCCAUGGCGGAGGAGAGAAAUAUUGGUGUAUCAGCUGUCAAUGGACAUACGCCAGUUGUUGUUGAUCCCGUAGUCAACCCGACCGUGCCUGAUCCAUUGAGUUAUAACAAUAAUUUGGGUAUUGAAUUACCGCCAGUUAAACAAGAAAUAACAAGCAGUAACAGCAAUAGUAGUAAUAAUAACAAUAGCAAUAGCGGAGACGGCGGACUAAUGCUUCCGAAAAUCAAUCAAACUGAUGGGACAUUUGAAAUGACAGUAUACACAAAUAAAGCAAGAUCUGUUAUUAAUGGGAUACUGAGGCGAAAAAAGAAUAAGACAUUAUAUCAAGUUGAUGGGACACUAGACGAUGACGACGAUGACGACGAUGACGACGACGAUGAUGAUGAUGAUGCGGACAUUUUUAAUGAUUCAGAUGAUAUCAACUCCGAUCUUGAUGACGAUUUGGAAAGUGAUAAAUCAGAUGACGAAGAUGGCGAUCAAGAAGGGCAAAUCAUGUUGUGUUUGUAUGACAAAGUACAAAGGAUCAAAAAUAAAUGGAAGCUGAGCUUGAAAGAAGGUAUUGCUAAUAUAGACGGGAAGGAUUAUGUGUUUCACAAAGCUACAGGAGAAUGUGAAUGGUAG